ACGAACACAUGACGUCACAGGAGAUAAAGUUGAGUUCUGGUCACGUCUUUACUCACAUUUACUGGAACUACUUUAUUGAUUCUGGACAUUAUUUUAAUAUCUUUACAUUCAGCGUCCUGUUUAACAGAUAAAUAAUCAGCUCCAAAAUAAAAGCCAUAACAUAAUGAUUACUGUAGCUUUGUUUAAAAGACUAAUGUUUACAGUAGAGCGCCCUCUACUGGUAUUACAGUAUUUUUACUGGUAUUUUUUUCAUUGGUCUUAUCUAGUAAUGACUAAUUUUUGGUGUGGUUUUAUUUGAAACUAUUAAUAAUUAAUCCUAAAGUCAAGUUUAAGGUUAUUUUUGUCUGAAACCAGUGUCCAGAGACUGUUAUCUUGUAAAGAGUGGAAACAUGAUGGCUAGGUUCCAUUUAGCUUGUGACCAGUGACAAUUAAGCACUGGUGCAGAAAUUAACUGUUUGUUGAGUAUUUUCUCUGUACAGGUAGAACUGGUCUUCCUGGUUUCAGUCCACCGCCACGUCUGUGUCCAAAGAAUGGAAUUGAAUUGUGAAGUUCCAAGGCAUUUGAAUUGUGUCAUCAAAGUAUGACAGGCACAUCCUCUGACAACUGGAAUUUCAUUGCCACUAGGUGGUGACAAAGCUCUCGUGCUCUGGAUAUUUCACAAACUACCUGCCCGUGGAAGAAGCAGUUCCGUGACGCAGUGCUUGGCAGCGGCCACAAACAGGAAGAAAACAUCCAGCUGUUUCUGAAAGCGCAGGAAUUCCCCGACAUCCUGGCGGUGAGAGGGUGAUGAAACGGCGUGACUAAGCCUGUGUGUUAUCACCAUGCUGCAGCCGGAGGAGUGACUUCAGCCGCUGACGAGCCGGGACCGAGCAUCUACCCCACUUUCCUACGGUCCGGCUGUUGAAACAAGGUGCGUUAGCUUAGCCACGUAGCCGUUAGCUGCCGUUAGCAAAUGUUAGCUGGCAGCAUAAAGUCGGAAGUUUUACAGACUGGAGACCACCGUUCACCGUCUUUUGUGUGAAUGAGUGACGUGGUGCCACCCACAGCCCUCAGUGAAGUCCAGCUCCGCUUCCUCUGCCAUGAUGACAUAGAGAAUGUCAAGCUGCUCUGUGGCGAUUGGUUUCCAAUCGAGUACCCAGACUCAUGGUAUCAGGACAUCACCUCCAACAAAAAAUUCUUCUCCCUCGCCGCCACCUUCAGAGGAGGCAUCGUGGGGAUGAUUGUGGCUGAGAUCAAAAGUCGGACCAAAGUGCACAAAGAGGAUGGGGACAUCCUGGCCUCCAGUUUCCCUGUGGACACACAGGUAGCCUACAUCCUCAGCCUGGGAGUGGUGAAGGAGUUCAGGAAACAUGGCAUAGGCUCCCUGCUGCUGGACAGUUUGAAGGAGCACAUCUCCACAGUGGCCCAGGACCACUGUAAGGCCAUCUACCUGCACGUCCUCACCACCAACAACACUGCCAUCAGCUUCUACGAGAACAGGGACUUCAGGCAGCACCACUACUUACCCUACUACUACUCCAUACGAGGGGUCCUCAAAGAUGGCUUCACAUACGUGCUCUACAUCAACGGGGGUCACCCACCCUGGACAAUAUUUGACUACAUCCAGCACAUUGGCUCCACCCUGGCCAGCCUGAGCCCCUGCUCCAUCCCACAGAGAUUGUACCGACAGGCCCAGUCGCUGCUCCGCGCUCUGUUACCGUGGUCCAACAUCGCUUCCAAGACUGGCAUACAGUACAGCAGAACAAUGUGACGCCGCAGUACGGAGUCUUCGUUCCGUUCUGCAUCAGUCUUCCCUCGUGCAGACCAGAAUCACGCACACACUCGCUCACAUUCUCAGUCACCUCUGGGUUUCCCACAGACACCGCAGGACUAUGGCUCCACGCUGGGCUCAGACCUUCUGACACUAGAACCACCACCACUGCAGAGGAGACACCUUCAGUCCAGGUCCAAGUCCAGGUCCAGGUCCAGGUCCAGGUCCAGGUCCAGGUCUGCAGCAGCUGCUGCGUCCUCUCCAGUAAACAACAGGGUUUUAUGACAUUUUCCUCACAGAGCAGUGAUGUGUUCUCACACUGAUAAAACCACAGGGUUUCACUCACUCAGUUACUGUAUUACUUUCCCAGUACUGUGUAGUACUGUGUAGUACAGCUGACCCAGAUGUGUGGUGUUUUUUUUUUUUUUUAGCAGUGAUUGGGAAUCAAUCAAUAAGUAGAAAUAUUGAUAUAAACGUCCCGACAGUUUCAAUGUUUUCAUUUGUUCAAUUUAAUUUUAAAGUUGAAUCCAAAAGUUAAAUAUUUGGAAAAAAGUAAUGGCAUAAAAUAUAAAAGAAUGUAAUGAAGCUUCUCUGUCCGUACAUUAAGAGAUCAGCUCUGAUUUUAAAGACCAGUUCUUCAGCUCCUCAGUGUAAAUAACUUUUAACUAUUAUUAUUAUUAUUAUUAAUUUCCAUAUUGAAGGAGACAGAAAAAAAAUCAGUCACAAAAACUCUACUGUAUAAACAAAACAUUUUUGUAGAUGCAUGAAGUCUUAAAAAAUAAAUUCUGUGACUAAUCCAAGUGGUUCCCACCCCUAAUAUUUACCCCUGUCGUUAUAACAGUGACCUGUGGUGGCACUAAAACACCAAAUCUACACACACAUACACAGACACAGACAGAACGUGGACACACGUGCACGUCGUGAAAACCCUGCAGAGACUUAAGGAUCAAACCGCCCUCGUCCCCCCGUCCAUCUGCCCCCACCCCCUUCAUUACUGCCCCAGAGACUGUGUACACUGUUUGUAUAUUAUAUAUACUGAGCUAAUAUAUGAAUUCCUCUCCAUAUGUCUGUAUGUCUGUGUUCUAUCCUGUCAGUAGGUUUUCCUUAGUGUACGUGUGUGUGUGUGUGUGUGGAGACUGAGUUUUUUUUUUUGUUCAUGUGAAGUCAUGAACUUUGGGUUUGUGUUAGCGUUGGUGCUGUUCUGAGUCACAUGACUUCAGCAUCUGUUCUCUCUCAGACGGUGAACUGAGGUUUUUUUUCUUUUUUUUUCCACCUUUAGAGAUGUUCUGUGGAUCAUGUGAAGUUCAUGCUGAUUUUAACGUAGAAGGGACAUAAGUCUUGUUUUACUUGUUUUUACCAAAGGUAUGGCUAGAUGAAAGUGUCAACGCUGCGCCCUCUACCUGCAAACCUGAUAAUUAAAUGUUCAUAAAUGGCUUAGGUUGAAGAAGA